AUGCCAAACCCAAACGUGAGACAGAGACUCCCUCAAAACUCCCUCGCUUCAUUUGACAUCGAUUAUCAGCGGCACACGAUAAAUCCAGCGCCGACUGAACUGCGUCUGGUCCUGCUGGGGAAAACCGGAGCGGGGAAAAGCGCGACGGGAAACACCAUCCUGGGAAAGAAGUGCUUUGACGACGGGUUGAGCAUGAGCUCGGUCACUAAAGAGAGCAAGAGCGAGAGAGCGAGGGUGGAGAAGCGAGAGCUGGUUGUUAUCGACACGCCUGGGUUUUUCGACACGGAUUUAACAGCUACAGAACUACAAGAAGAAGUGAUCCGCUGCCUGGCGCUGUGUUCCCCGGGUCCUCACGCGUUCCUCCUGGUGGUGCCGAUCGAGCGCUUCACAGAGGAGCAACAGCGCACCGUACACAUGAUCCUGGAGAUGUUUCACGAGGACGUCACUCAUCACACCAUCCUCGUGUUCUCCAACGCGGAUAAACUCAGAGGAGAACCCAUCGAGAGAUUCGUUGUAAGACAAGAUCAGAAAGUGAAGGAGCUCGUGAAGAGAUUCGGGGGGCGAUUCGUGGCCUUCGACAACAAAAACCCGACAAACCCGGAUCAAGUGAGUCGACUCCUGCAGAGCGUUGAUGAGAUACUCGCUCUAAACCACAACCUGCACUUCACCAGUCAAAUCAUGGAGGUGAUGAAUGAAGCACAGAGGAUUAUAGACACAAAACUGCAAGCCGAUAGAGCCGAGAGAAUGAAGAAGAUCGAGAAGGAGGUCGGGAAAAUGGCUGACGAUCAAUUGCGUUCGUUUGUUGCGUUCGUGAACGAAGAGAGGCAAGACACAGAGAGGACGAAGAAGCGCAUGCAAGGCCGGAUUAAACAGAUAGAGACGGAUAUAAAGAAAGAAGAGCAGAAUGCGCGGCCGAUCCCUGCGAGACUGACGCGUCUCAGAGCGUCUCUGCAGAGAGAACAGGAGAACAUGAGGAGGUUUGAGGAACGAGAGAUGGAGGAGGAGGAGAAGAGGCUGGGAAGAGUGGAUAAAGAAGAGAAGGAACUGGGAAUCUGGGCCGAGGAAGAGGAGGAGAGGAGAGUGAACGAGGAAGGGCAGGAGUUUCAGCUUCUCUCGCAACGCAACAUGAAGUUGUUGAUAAUGCUGUGUAUGUUUAUGGUGGGGGCCGGAGCGGCGUACGCUCCCGCGCUCCUGGCGUUCCUGUUCCCGGCGGCGCCCGCGGUCCAAGCCGGAUUAUCCGCUCAGAUUUUGUCCAGUUUGCUCGGCGCCGGAGCGGCGGAAGGAGGGAGUUUCCUCGGGUCGGUCGCUGUGGUUGCAGUGAGAUCUGCGUCUCUAAAGCUGGCGGCGAUCGCGCAGUGUUGCGUUCAGUGAUGCGAUGAUGAUUGACAACCAAGAUUAGGACGUGUUUCUCCCAGUAUUAGUUAAGCUUGUUUGUAUAGAAGCUUGUUUCCGCCACAGAAUAAAACAUUUGAAAAGAUAAUUGCGACUUUUUAUCUCACAAUUGCGAGUUUGCAUCUCGCAAUUCUGACAUAUUUUCUCAGAGUUGUGAUUAUGUACUUGCAAAUGCGAGUUAUAAAGUCCAAUUCUAAGGAAACAAAGACUGAC